AUGGUCAGUGGUCGUUAUUUUGACGGUUAUGGAAAUCUAAAUAAUUGGUGGCAAAAAGGAUCAGCUCGAAGUUUUGAUGAACGUGCUCAAUGUUUUAUUGAUCAAUAUACUCAAUAUCGUAUUGGUAAUAAACAUAUCAAUGGAUUAUUAACACUCGAUGAAAAUAUUGCUGAUAAUGGUGGCUUACGAAUUGCAUAUGCAGCUUAUAAACGUUACUUAAAACGUCAUCAUUUACUAUCGAUCACAUAUUUAAAACAUCAUCAACAACAACUAUUACCUGGUGUUAAUUUAACUGAUGAACAAUUAUUUUUUAUUGGUUUUGCACAAACAUGGUGUACAAAAACAACACCUGAAAUGGCCAAUGCAGCUUUAGUUACCGAUACACAUGCUCAUCCAAAAUAUCGUGUUAUUGGUUCUUUAUCGAAUAUGCCAGAAUUCUCGAAAGCUUUCAAAUGUCCAAAAGGAUCACCAAUGAAUCCUGAAAAACGAUGUCAAAUAUGGUUAGAUGUUAAGAGAUGA